CUGGUCUUCAAGCAGAGCGUACGCGUCGCUGUUGCUCUUAAAACCAUUUUUCCGGAGUGUUUACAAAAUUGACGGUUUCUUUCAAAGGAAAUCUGAAGUCAAAUUUUUGUGUUGUGACUUAUUGUUUUUGGUUAUGCUGUUUGAGACAUUGAAAUUUUGGAUUUUGUUUUGGUUUUUGAGAUGAUCCGUCACAAAAACAACUAAUGCCACGACACUUUAGAACAAGCAAAGUUUAGUGAUAAAAUGUGUAGUCAGUGCCUCAGUCAGACACCACAGACAUGAGUCCGUACACUAUGAAGACAGUUGUGCUCGUGUUGGUAGCCCUGCUGGCGAGGACGACCACAUGUUGCAAUUUCUAUCCGGUGGGAGAAUAUCUUAAGUUCGUGAGAAUACCUGAAGACCUGAAAAUUGGACAUGAAGUACUCAGAGUAGAAGUACAUCCACGAAAAAAUCUAAGCUUGCAACCAGUAGAAAAAGAAGAGGAUGCAGCACUGUUCACAUACCGGGAUGUGAACAGGACGCACGUGUCGGUGGUGCUGGCACAAAGUUUGGACCAUCUGGUAGACAGCGACUCACCGCAGAACGUUGUCAAGUUCAGGCUCGGCUGCGACUUCGAUUCCGGGGAUGAUCUGAUAUCAGCGUACCUCUCAGUGACGGUAUACAUAGAGGACGUCAACGACAACUCUCCCAAGUUUCUAGACCUGCCAUACAGGGUUGUCGUUGAUGAACUUACGCCUGUUGGUAUAACAAUCUACAAAAGCAUCCGCGCGUUCGACCGCGAUAAACCCAAUACACCGAACUCAGACGUUCAGUACACUAUUGUAUCAGGCGACACUGGCGGACACUUCGCACUCGAGAGCUCACAUAAACCUUAUUUGGUCUUGAAGAAGCCGUUAGACUACGACAGUGGGGAUCGAGAAUUUGUGCUCACUGUUACCGCUUCGGAUCGCGGUUCUCCUCCAAGAAGCACAAACGCCACAGUCCACGUCGUAGUACAAGAUAAUGAUGACUUACCACCGAAAUUUAGUUUUGACGUGUAUAAAACACAGAUCCCUGAAUUUUAUCCCUUAUCGGGCAAACGCAUUCACAAAGAGCUGAUAUUUGGCGAGCCAAUUCGAGCUUUCGACCAGGACACAGGCGUUAAUUCUCCUGUUAGGUACGAACUCAUUUCAGGCAACGAACGGAAGCUCUUCUCGCUGAACCCUUUCAAUGGGACUCUGUUCCUUGACAGAGAGAUCGAUUUGGAUGCCGAAAACAAUCUGCCUGGAAACACAUUCUCUCUUCAAAUUCAGGCAGUUCAAGUGGACAAUCCUCUAAAGACUGCGCAGGCCCGCGUUGAGGUCGAGAUACUAGACCUAAAUGACAACCUGCCAGAGUUCGAGGUGGACUUCUACAAUAUUAGCAUUGUGGAGAAUUUGCCUAAUGGCUUCAGUGUACUUCAAGUCAUGGCAACGGAUAAAGACCAGGGCGAUAACGGAGAAUUCACGUACCAGCUGAAUGAUCCUGAAGGAGCCUUUGCCAUUGACCCCAGGACUGGGUGGCUCACUGUUCGGAAUCAGACGGUACUAGACAGAGAACAACACGCCUCUUUGAGAAUGAAAGUAUACGCCAAAGAGAAAAACCCAAGUGUCGUUGGGACAUACCUGGAUAAACACCGCCUUUCCAAAUGGAGAAGAAACACAAGGCCUCAUACACAGAGUAAAGAUAAAACAACAUAUGUUUUUCCAGACAAACUUGGCACUAGGAAUGAAAACAUAGAAUAUUUUGAAGACCUUCACCAAUUGAUGUCUUUUGUUACUGUUGAAGUUACUCUACUAGACGCCAAUGACAACAACCCUGUCUUUGUACCAAGUAACCUUUACGAGUUCUCUAUCAAAUCUAAUGCAAAAGUUGGAACACAUAUUGGAAAAAUAAAAGCAGUCGAUCCAGAUUUGGGAAGAAAUGGAAUUGUUCUAUAUGAUUUGCAAAGAACAAGCAACUUGACUGUUACUUCGCCAUUUCAAGUAGAUGCUAAAACUGGAACUAUUACUUUAGCUGAAUCUCCUUUAGCUGAGGGAAGACAUGCUUUAUUUAUUGAAGCUUCAGACCAACCUGCAAAUCCAAGCGAAAGAAGAUACUCGCUAGCUGUAGUUACUAUUGAUGUUGUAAGACCUACCAAAGGUUCAAAUCUAGAUAAACCAGAUUUUAUGGGAGCGCCUUAUGAAUUUUGGGUCGGAUCUAACGUUGGCAUCGGAACAAGUGUGGGUCAAAUAAGAGUUAACGAUGCAAUGGGAAAAAAUGAAGUGUCGUAUGAUUUGUUACAUAGUUAUGAAGAUGGAGUACCAUUUGCGGUUGAAGAAAAAUCCGGUGUAAUAACAGUAAUAGACGAGUUAUCAAAAUAUAACAGACCUUUGUACGAUUUUGAGGCUGUUGCUCAACAGGACAACCUCAAUAUGACAAUUACAACAAACGCUACUAUACACAUUGUCGACGUAAACGAUGAAAGAGGAGUUUUAUUGAAAGGAGCAAAUUCACCACUAAUUUUCCACGUGAAAGAAAACAUAGCAGGAGCCACUAUUGGAUCAAUAUUUCCCGUGAACAUUAGUUCUUUGCCCGUGAACAGCACUGGGAAUAUUCAUUUCAUUAUUGCCAAUCAACAAGAUGUCGCGGAUGAUAUUGCAAUCGGUGAAGACGGAACAAUUUAUACUCAAAAAGCAUUAGACAGAGAAAAACGUAGUGUGUACCGUUUGACAGUAAUUGCAGAAUUUAAUAAAGGCAUGAUAUCGGGUGCUGGUAUUUAUCAAGUAACAAUCUACGUUGAUGACGAUAAUGAUAAUCCACCAGUAUUUGAAUUUCCAACUUACGAAGGCCACAUUACUGAAAAUGCUGCUAAAGGAACUGAAGUUGUAAUGAAUACUAAAAUAAAAGCUAAAGAUGCUGAUGAAGGACCUAAUUCGUUCUUCAAAUAUACUUUAUUUGGUGAGGGACAUGAACUCUUUGAAGUAGAUGAAGACACAGGCGUGGUUAUCUUUGUUGGCAACAAACUAGACCGAGAAGAAAAGAGCAUGUAUAUAUUAAAGAUAGUUGCCAGAGAUAGAGGAAGCAUGAGCUCGGAAGCGAAACUCACCAUUACCAUAAUCGACGAAAAUGACAGUCCACCCAAGUUUAAUCAAAUAAUUAUACCAUUAGGGGAAAACGUAGAUUUACUAGAAGUGGGUGAUAAAACGAAAGUCAAAAUCUACAGAGAAAAAAAAAGUGAUAGUACUAAUGGAGUCACUAAAAUAGAAGUUAGACCAAAUAAUAAAUUUUCUCUUACAUCUGAUAACAAUGGCCCAUUAUUUAUGGUACCAGAAAACGUUGCCAUUGGAUCCACAAUACUAAAACUUAGUGCCAUAGAUAUGGAUAGUGGUGCUAAUGGUCAACUGAGAUAUGAGUUUGUUUCUGAACUGUUUAUGCCUCCGUUUGCAUUACCAGCCAAUGCAAUGCAAUUAAAAAGAUACUUUGUAAUCAAUGAACGUCACGGUCAUAUUAUUGUGGCGAGAGCUCUACCUCCGGAAUCUGAAUUCAGAUUAAAUAUAUCGGCUUUAGAUGGCGGUGACUUAAGCGACCAUAUAUCAAUUAGAUUCUUUAUCAAAGACGUUAACGAUCACUAUCCAAUGUUUAAGAAAUCCUGGUACACUUUUAACGUCGAAGAAGCACAAUACACAAGAAGAGUUUUGGGUAAAGUUGAUGCUACAGAUGCGGACUUUGGCCAGAACGCAAAUCUAACAUAUUUUAUCCAGCCUUCAAGUAAGGAUUUGCCAUUUGAGAUAUCACCUUUAACGGGAGUCUUCAGUGUGAAUGGCGAACUGGACAGAGAAAGAGAGGAUAAGUACAUUCUUACUGUAGUAGCUAGAGAUAAUGGUCAUGAUAAGAAACUUUCGUCAUCAGUAAGCGUAGAAGUACAAGUAUUAGAUGUCAAUGAUAACGCGCCAAGAUUCUUUGGAUAUGAUGAUUUAUUGGAAUGGAAGCAUCCUGAAGCUGAUGAAAUUUCCAACCAUAACUUUGAGUCUGUUAUGAUGAUACCAGUGUACAAAGCCACUUUAGAGGAAAAUGCCCCUAUUGGUACAAUAGUUACAAAAGUUUAUGCCAAUGAUUCAGAUUUUGUUGGCAAUGGAAAUGGACUUAUAUUAUACAGCUUGCCACAAAGAAAAAACCAAAUGAAUUUAUUCGCUAUCGAUUCCAAAGAAGGAAUUUUAACCACAAUCGGUAGACUAGAUUACGAGACCCAAUCUUUACAUAAUGUAACUAUUGUAGCCUCGGAUUUAGGUUCCCCAAGUCUCAGUUCUACAGCAAUACUCCAACUAACUGUUAAAGAUGUUCCUGACGAAGUUGAAAUGUCGGAUAAACCUGUUUUCAUAUCACGUUAUUACGAAAUGGAAAUAGAAGAAAAUGUUCACACUCCUGUUGAGUUGCUAACACUGAACUUGACAGAACAUUAUGAGAAUUACAAAAUGAGGUAUUUCAUUUUGAAUGAAAAUGAUACAGAUGUUAAGAAAUCUUUUAUAAUAGACCCGAGAAAUGGUACUUUAUAUUUAGUCCGAAGUCCUGACAGAGAAGUAAAAGAUAUUUAUGAAAUUAUGAUAAGAGCGGAAAGGCAGAAAAUAAGUAGAGAGCUUCCCCACAUGAUUUAUCCAGUAUCAGACGAUGUAAUGGACGGCAUGACUAAGUUCGAUGUCAAAGUGAUAGUGAAAAUAAAGGAUGUAAAUGAUAAUGCUCCCAAAUUUGUAAAUGGUGGACGACCAAUGGUCACAGCCAUACCAACAACUGCUGCUUUUGGAUAUCAAGUUAUUCAGUUGCAAGCUAAAGACGCAGAUGACGGUAUAAACGCCGAUAUUCGGUACCAAAUCAUCAACUCUCAAGGCAAUAGGUUUGCUAUCGACCCAGUGACUGGAUUAGUAAGAGCUGUGGCUGCCUUCUCAAGAGACGCUGGCCGAGUGUUCGGAUUCGAUGUGAAGGCUACUGAUAAAAGAGGAGCUGACGAUGGAAAGUCUGCUAUUGCUAAUGUUUUCGUAUACGUCUUGGACGAGAACAAUCAACUAGUGAUUGUAGUAGACGCAAAGCCAAUGGAAGUUGAGAAAAACGUAGAGAAUAUCACCAAAGCGCUCACGGCCAUUACGGGCUAUGACGUCAGAGUUAGAAGACUUGAAAGUAACUUGAAGGCUUCUAUGGAUGGACACGCGACGGACAUGUACAUUUACGCUGUGGAUCCUAUAUCUAAUGCGAUAAUCGACAUGGAAGUAUUGCAACGGUCCUUAUUAAAACGUGAAACCGACCUACGCCUUGACUUAACAGGGUUCAAAGUACUCGAGGUGGGGGACACGGCCAUGGUCCAAGCGAGGAGUGGCCGCCUCCUCAGCACGAUGGAAAUAAGCGUUGUUGCUCUUGGUUGCCUCGUGUUUGUUGGUGCUUGCACCACUGCUGUUUGCAUAUUAUGCGUUAGGAGGAGUAGAAGCAUCUUCGAAAGAAAACAACACAAACCAUAUUCUCAGCAACGCCUUAACGCUUUCUCCACUGAGCACUUAACUAAAUACGGAGGUCUCUUUCCAUCUGGAGCCAACCAGUGUCAAGAAUUGAAUCAAUCGUAUAGCGAAGCUGAUUCUUACAUUGAUGUUGUCAACCAUAAUGUAACCAAGAAGAUUUGUCCGCAUGGGAACACAAUUGAAGAGUUUGGAAAGGCCCAUCAGAAAUGCGUCAAGACCCAGUUCGGAGAUUCGGAUCUGUUCGGACAGAAGCACGAGAGGAUGUGCGUCAAAUUCAAUCAGCGACCUUUACAGAAGAGGAAGGGGCAAGACACGUCGCUAACGUCAGUGAAUUCCAGCGGACAAGACUCCGGGAUUGCCGAUGCGGUCAGGUGUCCCUGUGGGCUAUCCAGUCUUCAUACAUCCGAGGAGAGCAGCGGUUGCAGCUAUGAAGACUCUCUCAAAUCCAACCACAACCAAGAACGCAAACCAUACAGAGAAGAUCAGCGUUUCCUUCGCCGAGCUUCCUUCACCCACCAACCUUUGGAUACCCGUCGCUUCAACUACCGAAGACAAUCUUUUUCAGAAAACAUGCAACGUCAUUUUCCCCCCUUUGAACGCUCAGGAUCUGUUAUGACAAGGCAAAUAUCUUCCCCAAACAUAACUAACAUACCACCUUACUUUAUGGGCAAUAAAAAACGGAGAAAAGAAGUGAUGGAACCAAUGAUAGACUACGAUCAGAGCGAUGAAGAUGUCUUUGAUACAAAAUUCGAUAAAAGAGCGAGUUCGAAGAAUAAAAGAGGGAAGUUUAUGGAGUUAGGUGGACAAGCUGCUGUGUUCGUUGCUACACCUGCUACGGCUGAAAUGAUGCGAAGACAGGGAAGUGACAGGUUCGUGUUUGCUAGACCUAUGCCAUUAUAGCCCUGGACAGAACAUUUGAUAUCACACGACUUUCGCGACGCAACUCGGUGCGACUCUCAUCAGAAAUCUUUAUUUAUAAUGAUGAUGGAAUGACAAUAACGGCGUGGUUUGACGAGUUGUGGAAUUCAUUACAUUUGAUUAUGAUCUUACGAAUGGAAAGCUUCUCUAAAUGAUGUGAUACGUAAAAUUAUAUUAACAUACAUUAUCGUUUCAGAAUCGAAAAUAGUUAAGUUAACCGUUACCUUGUAAAUACUGUUAUUAAUUAUUAUUAUUUUUGUAAAUAAGUAAGGCGUAGUGUUAAAAAAAAAGUUCUGUCUCUUCAGUCAGUCAAAACAUUGGUCAGUUAAGAAUACUCUUUUAAUUCUAUCGAUUUGUACAUAAGUGUGCCAUU